AUGCCUGCUGAAUGUGUAAAGGUUAUUGUGAGAAUGCGUCCAUUUAACCAAAGGGAGAAGGAAAAUGGAAGUAAGCCCUGUGUAAUAGUGAAUGAAGAUGCAAAUAGUGUUGAAUUGCGAAAUGUAAUUAGUUUAUAUAUUUGAUAAAUCAGAGUCAAGAUAAUGAGGUGAAGAAUUUUACUUACGAUUAUGUGUUCGGAGCAGAGACUCCAUAAUUAUAGAUUUAUUAGAAGACAGCUUUUAAUUUGGUAGAAUCUGUAGCUGAUGGCUAUAAUGGAACAAUAUUUGCAUAUGGUUAAACAGGUAAAUUCGAAUUUAAGAAUGAUUAGGUUGUGGCAAGACUUUUACAAUGAUAGGAGAUCCUUCGAAUGUAAGAUCUUUACUCAAUUUUAGGAAAACAUGAAAGGCAUAAUUCCAAGGACCUUUGAUUAAAUAAUAAGCCUAAUCAACAAUAAUUCAGAUUCAAAUAAAAAGUUCCUCCUCAGGUGUUCAUACAUUGAAAUCUACAAUGAAGAAAUUCAUGAUUUGUUGAGCAAAGAUGUAAAAUAGAAAUAUGAAUUGAAAGAAGGAUAGCAGGGAGUAUUUAUUAAGGAUCUCAACAUUGCUGUGGUAAGAACGACUCAAGAGAUGGAUAGAUAUAUGUAAUUAGGAACUCAAAACAGGUCUGUUGGGGCUACUGCGAUGAACAAAGAAUCUAGUAGAAGCCAUUGCAUUUUCACAGUUUAUAUUGAAUGUUCAGUUACUGAUUCUAAAGGAAACGAGAGAAUUACAGCAGGAAAAUUGAAUUUAGUCGAUUUGGCAGGAAGUGAAAGGUAAUCCAAAACAUAAGCAACCGGGGAUCGAUUGAAGGAGGCUACAAAAAUUAAUUUAUCAUUAUCUGCAUUAGGAAAUGUAAUUUCUGCACUAGUUGAUGGAAAGACUUAACACAUCCCAUACAGAGAUUCAAAGUUGACAAGACUAUUGCAAGAUUCCUUAGGAGGUAAUACAAAGACAAUAAUGAUAACUGCAAUCAGUCCAUCUGAUUUUAAUUAUGAUGAAACAAUGUCCAGUUUGAGGUAUGCAUCCAGAGCAAAGAUGAUCAAGAAUCAACCGAAAGUUAAUGAAGACCCUAAAGAUGCCUUAUUAAAAGAGUAGGCCGAAGAAAUUAAAAAACUUAAAGAAUUACUAUCUAAAUAAGCAGCUGGAUAACCUAUUACUUUAGAAGCCUUCCAAUCAUUUAGUAAACCCGGAAACAAUAACAAUGCAGAAAUUUCUAGAUUAAAGGAAGAGAAUGAUAGACUAAUGAGAGAAAGAUAAGAAUAACCAUUGGGAGAGCAUUCAGAGUAAAAAUUAAGGGAAUUGAAUGAAUUUAAAGAAAAAAACAAUUAACUUCAAUAGGAAAAGGAAAAAUUUGAAUAGGAGAUGAGAGAAAAUGAAUUGAAGGCUGAAUAAGAGAGACAGGCUAGGUAGAGAUUAGAAUAAUUACUUAAGGAGAAAGAAUAGAUGAUGGUUUAAGGUGGGAAGGGAAGUGAAGAUGAUAAAAAGAAAUACAAGAAAAUUAGAUAAACUAUUGAAUAACAAAAAAAAGAGCAUGAAGCUUUGAUACAACAACAAGAGCAACAAUAAUAAGAAAUGCUAGAGAUUGAAACCAAAUAUCAAAAUGUGCAAGAAGAGGUUGAGAAACUUAGGAAACUAAUUAAAUAUCUGAGGAAGAAGCUAGAAGAAGCUACAAUUGAAUAGAAGGAUUUAAAAAAAGAAGUAGAAUAUGAAAAAGAAGAUAUGUUAGAGACAAUAAGAAAUCAGUAAAAGGAGAUUAAACUUUAUGCAGGUUUAGUGAAGAUGAUGUUUAGUUAGAAGGAACUAGAGACUCUAUAGGCUGCAAGCGAAUGGGAUGAGGAUGCUCAAGAGUAUAAAAUACCACCCUUUAAUUUUAAAGCUAAAAAAGUAAACUUUCCAUCUCUUCCUUAUAAACAAGGUAUUUUUUUAAUUAAUUUAAGCCAUGGAUUUGAUAGAGUUAGAGAAAUCAGAGAGAAUGCUCGAAGUUAAUUCUCGAUAACAAUAAUUUGAAUAUGAUUAGGAUAAUCGAUAAAGACUUAUUUCUCCUAGGGUGCCUCAGAAAGGUAGUUACUUACUUUAAUAUAAUUAGAGCCUUUACAAAAACAAAAUGGAGUUAGUUAACCUUAAUUGGAGAAGGGAUAUUUGGUGGCUGAGAAAAUUAAAUAGAAUUAUCAAAUGCUCGAAUAACAAGAGGGAAAACUACGCUAUCAGAGUGAUUUAGUCAACUAACAAUUUUUAGAGAAGAAACUAAAUCAAAAAAUUAUUCUUAGUCCUAUUGAUAAUAGGGAUAACUCUGUCCCAACUUAACAUAGUUAAUAUAAUUAUAAUGGGUAUUCGAAUAAUAGCAAUUUAUCCCAAGCCACUCCGAAUAAGAUUAAUAAAAGUAAAUGUUUGAUUUAAAUAGAUAUUAAUUUGUAACCGCUUGAAUAAAAGGGUUUAUUAAUGUAGAAUGAUGAUUAACAUAAAAGAAGAUAACACUAAAAAGUGUAAUAAAUUUGA